CAAAUGAGCCCUGGAACACCCGGGCCUCCUCAGGGUUCCGAGCCGCCAAGCAGCCGGCACUGCACUGGUGAGCAGCUGGGCCUCGUGCAGGAGUGAACAGAACGAAGCCCAGACACCACCGACGAGACCUAGCUCCAGGGAGCCAGAGGACACCCCGAUGCCCUGUGCCCGUCUGGCCUGCCUGGGCCAAUGUCAUGCUGAUCACCGUGUACUGUGUGCGGAGGGACCUGUCCGAGGCGACCUUCUCCCUCCAGGUCAACCCUGACUUCGAACUGCACAACUUCCGCCUCCUUUGUGAGCUCGAGUCUGGCAUCCCUGUGGACGAGAUCCAGAUCAUCUUCAUGGAGCGGCUCCUCACCGACGACCGCUGCUCCCUGGGCUCCUACGGCCUCAGAGACGGUGACGUGGUGGUGCUGCUGCAGAGGGAGAGCGCGGGGCCGCGGCCGCACGGACGAACAUCCAGCCUGCUGCAGGUAGAUUUCACCAGUUUAGCCGUGCCGGGCACGUCCAGCUCCCGCCAGCAGCAGCAGCAGCAGCAGCGGGCCCCGUCAGCGCAGCAGUCCCACGGCCUGGACUCCGGAGAGAAGAUGACACCCACACAGGGCCUGGACAGCCCCGCGUUGAUCCGGAGCAUGCUACUGUCCAACCCCCACGACCUGUCACUGCUCAAGGAGCGCAACCCGCCCCUGGCCGAAGCCCUGCUCAGCGGGAACCUUGACACAUUUUCUCAUGUCCUCAUGGAGCAGCAGAGAGAAAGGGCCCUGAGAGAGCAGGAGCGGCUGCGCCUCUACACUGCCGACCCAUUCGACUUGGAAGCUCAGGCCAAAAUAGAAGAAGAAAUCCGGCAGCAGAACAUCGAGGAAAAUAUGAACAUAGCGAUGGAGGAGGCUCCAGAGAGUUUCGGACAAGUGGCCAUGCUCUAUAUCAACUGCAAAGUGAAUGGACAUCCUCUGAAGGCCUUCGUGGACUCUGGAGCCCAGAUGACUAUCAUGAGCCAAGCCUGUGCCGAGAGAUGUAAUAUAAUACGGCUGGUGGACCGCCGGUGGGCUGGCAUUGCCAAAGGGGUGGGCACGCAGAGGAUUAUUGGCCGAGUCCAUCUAGCUCAGAUUCAGAUUGAAGGUGAUUUCCUACAGUGCUCUUUCUCCAUCCUGGAGGAGCAGCCCAUGGACAUGCUUCUGGGGCUGGAUAUGCUCAGGAGACACCAGUGUUCCAUCGACUUGAAGAAGAAUGUGCUGGUGAUCGGCACCACUGGUACACAGACUCCCUUUCUUCCCGAGGGAGAGUUACCCCUGUGUGCCAAGCUGGUAAGUAGUGCUGGGCAACAAGAAUCUCCAGACAAAGAAGGAGCAGAUACUAUUAAGCAUUCAGUCAUGGAUUUAGGAUGGAGAAAACAUUGAAAUGGAUUAUGAGUACGCCACCAUCUUGAGGGAGCCUUAGGUCCUGGAAGAUUCUAAGACAUGAGCUCACUGGCAGUGUAAUCAUUAAAAACAUCAGUAACAACCAAA